AUGGAACAGAAGAAUAUUAUAACUCAUCUUUUGGGAUGAAAAAUAUUUCAAAACAUAUAGAAGUCAUUGACCCUGCUCCACAGAAAGUAAAACUUGUGCCUGAGAUAGAACAGCAGAAUAUAGAGACAAUGAAUGAGCUUUAUUCAAGGCUGUACAAAGAAGCCGAAAAGAUCAAGAGAUGGAAAGUCAGUGUACAAUAUGAACUAAAGGAAAAGGAAAAAAAAUUGCAAGAAGAUAGAAAGAUUAUUGAAGCAUUGCGUAAAGCCAUUCAAGAACUACAGUUUGAAAAUGAAAAAUUAAGCCUAAAACUUGAAGAUGAAAUGCAUGAAAACAAUGAUCUUCUAAAAGAAAACAAUGCUACAAGACAUUUGUGCAAUUUGCUCAAAGAAAAAUGUAUGCAAUCAGUGGAGAAAUCCAACAAAUAUGAAUGUGAACGAGAAGAAACCAGACAAAUGUAUGUGGAUCUUAACAAUAACGUUGAGGUAAUACAGUGA